AAAGGAUAAGAUGCUGUUCGCAUCCUUAAACGUGGCUCUCUCCACCAUCGCCUGAAGCUCUGUGACCACACCAUGCAGCUCACAGCUGUAGCCCCAGCCCUUGCUCUCCUCCUCCUCGCCCUUAUCUUCAUCCGAACCAAACUCAAAUCCAGAACCUCCCGCCCCAACCUCCCCCCGGGCAGCCUUGGAUGGCCGGUCCUCGGCGCGAGCCUCGAGCUGUUCCGGGCCAACCGGGACGGGAACCCGGGCAAGUUCGUCCGGGACCGGAUCGGCAAGCACGGCUCCCCCGUCUUCAAGAUCUCGCUGCUGGGGGAGCGGAUGGUGGUCCUGUGCGGGCCGGCAGGCAACAAGUUCCUGUUCUCGAACGAGGGCAAGAAGGUGGCGCUGUGGUGGCCGACCGCGGUGCGGAGGCUCAUCGGGACGAGCCUCAUAACCAAAGUCGGCGACGAAGGGAGGUCCGACCGGAAGAUGCUCAUGAGCUUCUUCAACCCGGAGGCGCUGAUGAGGUUCGUGGGCACCAUGGAUGAGGUGACUCGGCACCAUCUCAGGACUCGAUGGCAAGGUAGGGAAUGCGUGGUUCGAACUUUCUCUUCACGAUACGAGCAAACUGCUCACAUAGCUUUGACCUUGGCUCAUUGUGAAGGCAAAGAUCAGGUGGAGGCAUACCCGACCCUGAGGCUGUACACUUUCGAGCUCGCGUGCCGGUUAUUCAUGAGCAUCACGGACCCGCAGCUCAUCGUGAGGCUCGCCGAUCACUUCCAGGUGUUCCACAAGGGAUUGAUCUCGCUCCCACUCGACUUCCCGGGCACAAGAUUUCACCGCGCGAGGAGAGCCGCGGACUCCAUCCGGGAGGAGCUCCGGGCGCUGGUGAGGCAAAGAAGGACAGAACUAGAGAAGAAGUUGGCCCGGCCGUCCCAAGACAUAAUGUCCCACUUGUUGGCGAACGGGGACGAGAACGGGAACCUCAUGCCGGAGGCGGAGAUCAUAAACAACAUGCUGAAUUUCCUGUUCGCGGGGCACGACACUUCUAGUUCCACUCUCAUGUUGCUCCUCAAGUACCUAGCUGAACUCCCUCAUGUCCUUGACAAAAUUCUUGCAGAGCAAAGGGAAAUCGCAGCAUCGAAAGGUCCAGGAGAGUUGCUGCAAUGGGACGAUCUGCAGAGAAUGAAGUAUUCGUGGAACGUCCUGUGUGAAGUAAUGAGAAUGACCCCGCCAGUAGUCGGCACUUUUCGCGAGGCCCUGGUCGAUUUCACCUACGAAGGAUACACCAUCCCUAAGGGCUGGAAGUUGUAUUGGAGUGCUGCUGUAACGCACGAGGACCCGAACUUUCACCCGAGGGCGGCGAGCUUUGACGAGUCGAGGUUCGAGGGAUCAGGGCCAGCACCGUAUUCGUACGUCCCGUUUGGAGGCGGGCCUAGGAUGUGCUUGGGGAAGGAGUUCGCGAGGGUGGAGAUGCUCGUGUUCUUGCACAAUCUGGUGAACAUGUUCGAUUGGGACCUGGUGAUUCCUGGCGAGAAAAUCAUUUACGAUCCCAUGCCCACGCCCGUCAAAGGACUCCCCAUCCGUCUUCGACCUCGCGGUCUUCGCCGGGGACUCUCGGGCUCGUGAUCAAGAUUCAAGUCUUCUCCAAUAUUGCUCUCGUUGUCGGGGGCAAGAGCCCUCGAGUUUGUAAUAGAUUACCAUGGGUGCUCAAUACAAUCCUUCUCCCCAACCGCCAUGAAAAUAGGAUAAAAGGAAAGAAGAGAUGAAUGCUACACUUUGCUCAAUUUUCUUAAUGAGAUUGCAUCUCCCGUUUAGAGAUGGUGAUGC